CUUUGCCGCCGGCCGGGGGCUAUGUACAAAUCACGAACGGGACGGGACUGCUGUGGAACGUGCCUUGAGCUGUUUUAUUUUUCAGCAUCAGUCUCAUUACAUGGCUAUGACAAUGGGAAGAUGCCAGCAGCUCACAUCCCAAGCAGCAGACAAAGAACUUAAUGUUACAACUUACUUUAUAACUUUUUUGACCAAUCACACAAAGCAAAAGCAUACUGACAGUGGUUCCAUCCAACCACUAUAAGCACACACACCUUUGGUUAAAACAAUGAUUGCUUAUUUCGAAUACAAUGCCUGCUUGUAAGCCUUAAAACACAAUGCACAGAGCUCCAUUAUUAAGCUUCAAACUUCCUAAUAUCUUGCUAGAUAAACUUUUCUGCAGCUUAGGAAGUUAUCCUAGACAAGCGUUAAUACAUGGACCAUUGUUCUACUCGUCCUUGCUUUUCUACUUUUUAAGUAAUUUUUCUGCUGACCUAUCUCAUGGCUAUUGCUUAGCUCUAAUCACAGUUCUGCUGUCUCUGAGGCCUGUCUUUUGCAGCUUUCCCAAAAACCUCUAAUUUUGUGAAUUCUCACAACCUUCUUUAUCUGUCCAAGGCUCCAGCGUACCUCACCUGGCCCCAUGGCUUCCCCUCCUCCGCCCAGCCCACAGCUGGGCAGGGAAGGUCUGACCUCUUUCCGGGAACCAAGAGAGCUUCCCCCUGGGAGUUCUCAGCUUUUAACCCCCUCUGUUCCCAGAGGCAUAUCCAUGUCCUCAGUGGUCACACCAGGUGCAAAUAUUCAAAUUUCAGCACUGAUUGGUUUGACCACAGCAUCCCAAAAAACGCACCUCCUGUUCAAACCAGGACAAUCCCUGUCAUAGUUCUGGGUACAGCUUAAAGAUGAAUGGGCAAAAAAAGAAUAAAAAGUUUUAAAAGUGUGGACGCAGCAGGGCAAAGGUGGCUGGAACCUGUGGAGAAAGAGAUAAAGGGAACUCCAGUGAGGGGUUUUAGGCAAGUUAUUUAUCCACAGAAGGAGCAGCACCUACCAAAAGCAAAAGUUUGAGGCAAGGUCAUGUGGGAUAUUGGGGCACUCAGUGAAAACCACACUCUGACACCCCAUUUUUAUGACUCUUCAGCACAAUAAAAAUUAUUUCCUAAAAGAGGCAGAGCCAUGCAAAUUAUUUACGGGAAAAGUGCUGGUUUCUGUAUUAGAUAAGGGACACAUUUCAUGAAUAUUUAUAAUUAUGAUGGAUAAAUACCCCAUGGCAAAGUCCCCCCAACCUACAGGACCAGGAGAGAUCUGCUGUGAGUGUGAGCUGAGAAAGAAUUCCGGCUUUCAGAUACCUCCAGUUCCAUCUGGGAGUUCACUCCGGCCAAUUUCGGUAUCAGGGACAGGGGACCCUUGGCAGGGGGGAACAUGAGACUGUGGGAUUGGGGUCUGGGGGGGCACUGGGGGUGUCAGAGGACAGAGAUUGGGGUCCUGGGGUUGUCCAUGGGCAGGGAUGGGGAGCACAGGAACCAUGGGAGCGGCAGUGAGGUACUGGGGGGCACCCUUGGGGCACCUAAGACUAGAUCGGUGUCCAGGAGUCACCAGGGCAGUCAUGGGACUGGCAGUGGGAUUGGGGUAUGGGAUGGGGACAAGGGGGACACUGGGGGACAGCAGGCCUUGGCUCAGGGUUCUGGGGGACAUGGGGCACCGGGACAGAUACAAGGCACUGGGAGAAGGAUUGGGGUAACAGAGGCACUGGGAAAUACUGGGAGGUGGGGACACAGCACUAUGGGAGUGGGAUUGAGAGUCUGGGGGACACUGGGGCAUCCAGGAGUGACCCCAGGACUUGUGACCAGGUUCCAGGGGUCUCCUGGCAAGGGCUGCCCCCCUCCGCCAGCUGACCACACUCUUCCUCCCCAGCUUCUCCCUAAGGAAGCCUCCGCAUGUCCUGCCAUGUCCCUCAGAGUGCCCUCUGUCCCAUUCAUGUCUCCUCAGCAUCCCUCGGGGCUCCCAGUGUAGUCCCUUUGUCACAUAGUGUUCCCUCUGUGUUCCCUCUAUGUCCCACAGUUUCCCACUGGUCCCUGUGUACUUUCUGCUCCAUGAUCCCCUUGGCUCACACCCUGGCACUGCUGGCAAUGACCGUGGCCACUGCAGCCAUCGAGAUGGUGCCCCUGGACAUGGCCCAGGACUCCUUUGAUGACCAGUACCUCAACUGUGGCCCUGCCAUGACUGAGGUCUUGCCGGCCCUCAAGGACUCCGACUUCAAUAAAAACAAGGAGUUUUACCAGGCCUGGGUGAAGGCCACGGCCGAGUGGCAGAAGAGGGGGUCCGAUUCAUCCACUCUGUCCCCAGACCAGGCCAUUGCCCUCAUGGCCUACACGAUGGAGGACGUGUACAUGGAGUUCAAUGAAGCUGUGCGCACGGCUGGAAAGUCCAGCCAGGAAUACCGGGACAACUUCCACUUCAAAACGCUGCAUUUCCUGCUGACCCAGGCCCUCCAGAAGCUGGGACACCCAGAUGAUUGUCAGAAAGUGUUCCGGGGAAUAAAAAAAUACCAGUUUGAGGUGAAGCCUGGUAAUAAAGUCCGCUUUGGUCAAUUCGCUUCAUCAUCGCUGGACAAAACGGUGGCCCAGGGUUAUGGGACAGACACGAUGUUCGAGGUGCACACGUGCCACGGCGUGGACAUCCAGGCUUUUUCCUACAAUCCUAAAAACCGUGAGGUGCUGAUCCCACCCUUCGAGACCUUUGAGGUCAGUGAUGUCAACACGGAAGGAAGCACAAUGAACAUUGGUCUUCGCUCCACUGGGAACUCCAGCAACUACAACUGCGAGUGGCUGCGAGGUGGGAGCCUCCCCAGGAACUCCCCCCAUCUUGGGGGGCUUCUCCUGGCUACCAUGGCCAUGACAGUGGCCAUUGGAACCCUCUAAGCCAUGAGGUCACCAAGGUCACCAUGGUCUUGGAAGGCCCUGUGGAAGGCCACCAGGAUGAAGGCCACCAGGACCCCCAGAGAAAUGUGCCCACCAAGGCUACCAAGGCCAUUAUGGCCACUAUGGUUCAUUUCUCCACUGUGACCACUGUGGCCAUUAUUGCCACUAUGGCCACUGUGGCCGCUUUGGCCUCUGUGACCACUCUGGGCAUUGGAACCACCAAUGUCAGCAUGGCCAUUGUGCCCACAGUGACCCAUGAUGUCACCAUGCCCACUGUGGCUACCAUGGUCACUGUAACUACCGAGGCCACCAUGGCCCCCGUGGUUACCCAGGUGACCAAAGUCACCAUGGCCACCACAGCCGCUGUGGCCACCACGGUCACUGUAACAUGGCGUCCAUCCUGGAAAAGCCCCUCCGAGAGCUGCGCAGCCAGGGAGCAAUGCCAGGGCAGCAGCACCAGCACGGGGGGCACUGGAGCAGCCAGGACAGCACAGGACAGCACGGACAGCAGAGAUUGGGCAGUGCCUGGGGCCACCUGGGCACUUCCUGACAGAGAGGUUUGGGAGUGGCAAUGUCACGGCCACCUGCUAGCACUCCUUGGCUGCCUCACCUGAUGUAGCAAUAAAUUGCCGCUUGCACAGCUGCCAUAUAAAAAAUGUAUCAAAUCCUUGAUCCUUGCUUGCCUGGUGUAUCAAAUGUUUAUCAGAAAUUUAAUCCUUGCUUGCCUGGUGUAUCAAAACUUCACCCGAAUUUGCUGCUUGCUUGCCUUAUGUAUCUGCUACAGCACUUUUAAUGCCUUUCCUGGAGGGCACCUCAUUUCCUAAAUAAAGCCGUUCCUGGAGUUUUUAUUA